AGGCGGGGAAAAGCUACGCUAGCAGCCUCGACGCCAUUUGCUGCUGCUGAGCGUGGGUGCAAGCGGAUCGCGGCAGAACCUGAUCGCUACUCUCCCGCGCACGCAGCUCGGCCUCCAGCGCCAGCCUAGUCCCACGCGGUCCUUCGCCGCACCCGUCGCGCCCCUCGGAGGAGUCGCCGGCGCCGCAGAACCCCUGGACAUCAGAGAAGCCGCUUGAUCGUCUUUACCACCAUGCCCAAGAAUAAAGGUAAAGGAGGUAAAAACAGACGCAGAGGUAAGAAUGAGAAUGAAUCUGAAAAAAGAGAAUUGGUGUUCAAAGAGGAUGGGCAAGAAUAUGCUCAGGUAAUCAAGAUGUUGGGAAAUGGACGAUUAGAAGCGAUGUGUUUUGAUGGUGUGAAGAGGUUAUGUCACAUCAGAGGGAAAUUGAGAAAAAAGGUUUGGAUAAAUACUUCAGAUAUCAUAUUGGUUGGUCUCCGAGAUUACCAGGACAACAAAGCUGAUGUGAUUCUAAAAUACAACGCAGAUGAAGCGAGGAGUCUAAAAGCAUAUGGCGAACUUCCUGAGCAUGCUAAGAUCAAUGAAACUGAUACAUUUGGUCCUGGAGAUGAUGAUGAAAUUCAGUUUGAUGACAUUGGAGAUGAUGAUGAAGACAUUGAUGAUAUCUAAAUUGAACCCAACGUUUUACAUUCCACUUUUUCAGAAGAUUGUCCUACAAUUUGGAUUUUGGCCAUAACCCUCCAAGAAGAAGUUUUCAUUAGCAUGAUUGUAAUUUAUUAAGGCAGUUCGAUUUGGUUCUAAGGUAUUUGUUUCUGUAAAAUCUGUUAAUAAUAAAUUACCUUAACUGACAUGUUAAUCCCAUUUUAUUCUAUUGAUAUAAUGGAGCUUAUGGAUAGAAAACCCUUUGUAUUUCAAGUUAAUUCAUUACUGCCUUUCCUGCUUUGACCACUUCCAGUAAGUAAAUGGACAUUUUGAAUAAACCACUUGCCUUGUAUUCAUUAUAGAUUAUGAUUAACCCCUAACUUUUGACUAGCCUACUGAAUAUGUAGAAUCUUUCUCUAUAUUCUCAUUAUGUAAAUGUUCCCUCAAGAUUUUGAUAAGAUUUAUAGGAGGCCUAUAUCUGCAUUUGAUUUUAAAAAGAUUUGUUUUCCCUCCUUAGUAACAUGGCUAUUUUUACGCUAAUUUUGAUAUCAUUACAUUGUUCUCAUGAUUUUGUUUUGCCAUCAUAUGCAUGGGCUGGGGGAAGCAUUUCCCAAAUGUUUUUAGAACCUGGGUUUUAAUACCAAUUUUGAAUUUGUAAGGUUAGUUAUACAAAUUAAACACUAGGUGGCACCCACUUAACAGUGGAAAUAGUGAUGUGACCGUUGAGGUGCUUUGUUUUGUUUUUUAAUUACUGUGCUAAAAAAAUUUCCCAAAUAAGAGGUUUUUUUUGAUCAUAUAUGUAGGCUAUUUUACAGAACAAAAAAGAUUUGUUUAAAAAUAUUAACUUUCAGAAGUCAUGCAUGGAGUUGGAAUUGUGAAUGCUUUAUAAGCAUUUAAGUGCUGGGGUAUAGCUCAGUGAAAAGUCCCUAGGUUUGAUCUUCAGUACAAUACUGGGAGAAAAAAAAAGAUCAAUAAUUUCUGAUGGAAGAGAGAGCUACCAUGAGAUGAGAAAUGCAGUAAAAUAUUUGUGCUGCAGAGUAGAUUAUAUCCUCACUAUAAUACAAUAAGAUUACAAUAUGUGGGCAAAUUUGAUUGGUGUUUUUGUUGGGAAUUUAGGUUUACCUUUAUUGUAUUUCUCAGGUUUUCUAAUAAAAGGAAGUCAGGGCUGGGCUAGCCCCACCUCACUAGCUACAUCCCUGUCAUUGUCAUCUUAAAGCACAUCCAUCCAUCACGUCGCUGGUGGAACUUUCACUAUGUUGCUCUCCAGAGAACUUUUCAGUGAUGAAAAGUAAUACACAGCAAAUAAACAAGCUCAUUUAAAAUCCCACUGCAGCUAAUUUUCUUUCCUAAGUACGCAAACUGAAUUCAAAAUAUGAGGUACUAUAAACAUUAUGACAGUGUAUGUUUGUGAUUCCUGUUUCUUAUUCUAUGGAAUUUCUGUGCAUUUACCUAGGUGGAAUGCAGCUAAGACCAAGGGCUGGUUUUUAAUAACUCAGAAGAAACCAUCCUUGAACAACUUGGCAAUUGUCUUCCUCAGUAACCUAAGCUUGGGAUAUUUAUGCUUGUAUGCCUAAAAAUGUUUUGCUAAAUUUACAGUGUAUAUAGAUCCUUACAUGUGAUUUUACAAAGAAUGUUUAAACUCUACAUAUGUGCUACAGUUUUGUUAGGGAUAAUGCAACUCAAAAAAUCAGGUUUUCUGCUUAUCUCCUCUAGCAAAUACAGUUUAAGAGUUUUUAAAAACUUACUAUGAAAAAAAAAAAAAACAACUUACUAUGACCCCAAUUCAUGUACCUGCUGGUGGUAGAUAUUUUCAUGUGUUGGUAAUAACAGCCCAAUCUAGUGCUGUUUACAUCCUGGAAAAUAUAGAAUCAUAAUUAAAAUAGUUGAGGCACAGUUGUAGCUCAUACAUAGUGCUAAUUUGAGAAAUUCUUUGAAAUGUAUUUGAUGUAAAAUUUGUAUAGCUUCCCUGAUUUGAUUAUGUUUCAAAUAAGGAAUGGAAGUGGUCUACAAGAAAACCUUUUUUGUUUUGUUUGAUGUUUUUGUUGUUUUUUUGGGGGGGCUCCCAUAAUAAAGUGCUAUAAGCAAUACUCAGAAAAUAAAAUAUUUUACACCUAAGAAUAAUGCUUCUUACUGCUAAGAAGUUAUAAUCAGUACUACUAACUGAUAGGAUUACAUUUUUAAUACAGUUUAUUCUAUUUCCAGUUAAAAUAUAUGAUGUUACGUUACUAAAGUAGCUAAAAAACCAAAUGAGGAAUUUGUGUAAAAAGAUUUGCCAAAAUUUACUUGACUGUUGAAUCUUUCUUGAACAUCCAGCUUUUAAAGUGACUUCUUAAGAAGUCUAUAAACUAUGCAUGAUGAAAAUUUUUAUAUUUUAAUGAAAAAUAGCCAUUGGUUUUCUCAUCAUAUCUGGAAUCAUGGCUAUAAAUAGCUGCUUAAAAACUGUGUGACUUGUAAUUUAACUUAAUCUCAUUUCUUACAUAAAUAUUACACUAUGAUGUUGAAUAACAUCGUUAGUAGGUAUAAACUGCUGUCAGUGUUGACUUCAGAGAAACUCUUGAGUAAUCAAAUAGAUAAAAGCAUGUUUUGACUAAAAUACUUAGGUAGAUUUUUACUUGAUUUUUCUUUGUUUAUAGAUUUAACAACAUCCAGUAUUGACUGUGUCCUGACAGAUAAAAGCAUAAGAACAAAAAUGAGGCUCUUUGUGUUACCUGACACAAACAAUUAAAUGGAUUUGUUUUGGUUUAAGAUAUCUGGCGGGAUGUGGUGGCACAUGUCUCUAAUCCCAGCACUCUGGAGGUUGAGGUAGGAGGAUCUUUGUAAGGUCAAGACAAGCCAGGGUUACAAAGUGAGCUCAAGGUCAGCCUGAACUACAUAGGGAGACCCUGUCUCAAAA